CCAAGCGUCUCUUCCUCCUCGGAUUCACAGAUAAUCAAAAGCUUAUCUUGAGCUAUGAGCACAGCGACAAGGCCUUCUUCUUCUGCUACAACCUCUGUUAUAUUAGAAAACCCUGUUUCUCAAUCACAACCUACUGAAAGAUUAGUGCUUCGCUUGAACCGGAAGAAGAAGAAAGUUUCAUGGAAAGACGGAACUGUUGACAACGAGUUUAUGCAGAAGAAGAGUUCCAAGAAGUGUUGCAUCUUUCACAAACAGAAGCCCUUUGAUGAGGAUGACAGUGAAGAAGAAGAUGACAACCAUCACCAUCAUCAUGAUCAUGACCAUCACCACUCUGAAUCUGGUGAGGCGUCUUCUUCUAAUGAUUCUAAAGCCGUUGACUAAUCAAUCAGGUUUUGUCUCAUCACUAUAUAUUGAAGCUUUUUAAAAGGCCAUGGAAGAACACACAUUUGUCUUAGGCUUUGGUCUCUUCCCCUAUCUAACACUGGUAUAUGUACAUGUAAUUUGCAGAUUCAUUGCAAUGUUUAACUCCUUGAUACUCUAUUG